UUGACAGCACGCACCGUGCCAGCAUUGGUGUUUUGACGUGGAUUUUGUUUGUUGUUAAUCGUUCAAAAUCCUUUUCUACACGAAGACGAUCGAAGAGAAGAUUCCAGCGUAGCUUAUUGCUUUCUGUAUUCUCGCUUUUCCUCAUCUGUUUUGAGCUAGUGGUAAGCAAAUCAUUUGCAGCAUACGGUCUAAAAUGGCAGGAGAAAAGUAUUCCAUCCUGCUGCCUACGUACAACGAGCGUGAAAAUCUUCCGAUCAUCAUAUGGCUGAUCGUCAAGUACAUGCAAGAGGCGAAAAUCAACUAUGAAGUGAUCGUCAUCGACGAUGGCAGCCCGGACGGUACGCUGGAGGUAGCGAAAGAGCUGCAAAAAAUAUACGGUGCAGAUCGUAUCCUUCUCCGACCGAGGGCCGCCAAGCUGGGCCUUGGAACGGCAUACAUUCACGGCAUAGAGCACGCCACGGGAGAUUACAUCAUUAUCAUGGAUGCUGAUCUGAGCCAUCACCCCAAAUUCAUUCCACAGUUUGUAGAGCUGCAAAAGAAAGGUGACUUUGACAUAGUUUCGGGCACUCGGUACAAGGGUUCCGGCGGUGUUUACGGUUGGGACUUCAAGAGGAAGCUGAUUUCGCGUGGAGCCAACUUCCUGUCCCAACUGCUGCUACGACCGAACGCAUCGGAUCUUACCGGAUCGUUCCGGCUUUACCGCAAAGAGGUGCUCAAAGAGCUGAUUUCUCGCUGCACCUCGAAGGGAUACGUCUUCCAGAUGGAAAUGAUUGUACGGGCGCGUCAGCUAAAUUACUCCAUCGGAGAAGUUCCGAUAUCGUUUGUGGACCGUGUUUAUGGGCAAUCAAAGCUCGGUGGUUCGGAGAUAAUACAGUUUGCUAAAAAUUUGCUGUACCUUUUCGCCACCACGUAAAGCGAAACCUCCUCCUUGCCAAUUUCACGACCAUUUUUCUUCCGUUGUCAUCAUCAAUAAACCAACACCACACACGAACGCGUAUGGUGUGAAGACGCGAAUCAGUCGUACCUUUUCAA